UCGUUCGCGAGAGGAGCGGUGUGCCCGGUGUGCCGCGCACUGCGGACUGCGGCACGGACAUUCCAGGGCCGUGUCGGCCGUGUGCACCGCACUCUGCAGCGUUGCCGCUACCGCCUUUCUUGGAUUAACCAGUGCAGUGUUGUGUGUUGGUGUGAGUGAGUGAGUGAGUGUCUGUGCAUUGUUGUGAUCGGGGCAGUGCCAGGCAGUGCCGGUGCGGCGUCGCCGGCGAGGCUGACAGCGUUUGCUCGUCAGGGUGUCAGUGCAAAGAGUGAAUCGCUGCCGAGUGCAAGGACCGGCCUUGUCGGGACCGGCAAGCCAAGCGGCAAGCCGGACAAGACUCGCCGGCUGAUUGGUUGUGGAGCACCCGUCUAGCCGUCGCGUGGCUGUGCGCGGCCCGUGCAGUCCGAGGACGGGGCGAAGCGCACCUAGUGCAUCCAGCUCAGCUCGACGACGACCAUCGUCCCAUCGUCACUGUGACAGGUGCCGCCAUGGCUAGCUGACCGCCGCCCAGGACGCCGACGACGCCCUGGCGCUGAAGGGGCCGACGGAGCCACGGGGAGGCCGGCGCUGACGACGACGACGACCCGAGGCUGGUAGCAGCACCGCAGCAGCAGACAUGGGUCCCCGCGUGCUGCCCCGCCUCGUGCCCAGGAAGUCGCUGGUGCUCAAGCUGGCCGUGCUGCUGGGCGCGGUGUGGCUCACCGUCGCCUUCCUGCUGUCGGCCGAGCAGCGCGCCGGCUCCCUGGGCGUGGGCACCGGCGAGGACGUGGGCGUCAACAUGGCCGGCAACCUGGUGGACAGCAACUUCCUCGGCGACGACGGCCCCGGCGCGCAGCCCUUCAUCGCCUCGCGGACGCACCACCGCGAGAGCCCCGCCGCGCCGCCGCGAGGGGCUCCAGACGGUCCAGAAAAUGGCGGCGGGGUGCUGGCCGCCCCCAAGAGCCCCGAGGAGCUGGACGCGUCCAAGAAGGAGGAGCUGUACGGCGAGAUGGGCAAGCCCGUGGUGCUGGGCAACCUGACGGCCGACGUCAAGAAGCUGGUGGACGAGGGCUGGGCCAAGAACGCCUUCAACCAGUACGUGUCGGACCUCAUCUCGGUGCACCGCAAGCUGCCCGACCCCAGGGACCACUGGUGCAAGGAGCCCGGCCGGUACCGGGAGAACCUCCCCCAGACGUCCGUCAUCGUGUGCUUCCACAACGAGGCGUGGUCCGUGCUGCUGAGGACGGUGCACUCGGUGCUGGACCGGUCGCCGGCGCACCUCAUCAAGGAGAUCAUCCUGGUGGACGACUUCUCCGACAUGCCCCACCUCAAGCUGCAGCUGGAGGAGUACUUCACGAGCUACCCCAAGGUGCGCAUCAUCCGCGCCCCGAAGCGCGAGGGUCUGAUCCGCGCCAGGCUGAUGGGCGCGCGCUACGCCACCGCCCCCGUGCUCACGUACCUCGACUCGCACUGCGAGUGCGGCGAAGGCUGGCUGGAGCCGCUGCUGGACCGCAUCGCGCGCAACAAGACGACCGUGGUGUGCCCCGUCAUCGACGUGAUCGACGACACGACGCUCGAGUUCCACUGGCGGGACUCGGACGGCGUGUCCGUGGGCGGCUUCGACUGGAACCUCCAGUUCAACUGGCACGCCGUGCCCGAGCGCGAGCGCAAGCGGCACUCCAACUCGGCCGAGCCCGUCUGGAGCCCCACCAUGGCCGGCGGCCUGUUCAGCAUCGACAAGAGCUUCUUCGAGCAGCUGGGCACUUACGACAGCGGCUUCGACAUUUGGGGAGGGGAAAAUUUGGAGCUGUCUUUCAAGACGUGGAUGUGCGGUGGCACAUUGGAGAUAGUACCCUGUUCGCAUGUUGGUCACAUUUUCCGAAAGCGCUCACCUUACAAGUGGAGAUCAGGUGUGAAUGUGCUGAAGCGGAAUUCAAUACGUCUCGCUGAGGUGUGGAUGGACGACUAUGCAAAGUACUACUAUCAAAGGAUUGGCAAAGAUUUGGGUGACUUUGGAGAUGUCUCUUCUCGAAGAGAACUGCGCCGAAAUUUGGGCUGCAAGUCAUUUAAGUGGUAUUUAGAUAACAUCUACCCAGAAUUAUUUGUUCCUGGCGAAGCUGUUGCAUCAGGAGAGGUCCGCAAUAUGGGUUACGGUGCAAAGACUUGUCUGGAUUCGCCAGCACGCAAGAAUGACCUGCACAAACCAGCAGGACUUUAUCCUUGCCAUGGUCAAGGAGGCAACCAGUACUGGAUGCUGAGUAAAACCGGUGAGGUGCGGAGGGAUGAGGCCUGUCUGGAUUACUCAGGCCAAGACGUCAUACUGUACCCAUGCCAUGGAUCCAAGGGUAAUCAGUAUUGGCAGUACCAUCCAGAGACUAUGCUGUUGCAACAUGGCAGCAGUAAAAAGUGUCUGGCUAUCACAGAAAGCAAGCAGAGGCUUGUAAUGGAAGAAUGUAAUUCAUCAAGUCCCCAUCAACGAUGGAAGUUUGAAAAUUAUGAUUCCAGUAAAUUAUAAAUACUUUUAAUUCACCAAGCUAUCUAAUUGUGCCAUUUUUGAGAUUUAAGUGAUGAAUGGUGGAACCCAUCAUCAUUGAACUCAUUUCCUGAGACAUUUUGUGCAACAGGGACAGUGCUUUCAAGAAGUAUCAAGAGUCAUACUACGAGGGAGUGAAAACUUGAGUGCAUCACUACAGUUACCGUUCAAGUGGCAUUAUUUGGACUGAGUAAACUCACAGCCAUUGUUGCUUGUUCUCAGAUUUUAGAAUCUACUAAGAAGAUUUUUGUUUUAAUUUCCAAUGAUGUGCCGUGUAGUAUUUUAAAGUAUGGACCAAACAAAGUUUUGGAAGAAUCAUUUAAUAUGUUUUUAUUGGCCAUGAAAAAUGCCAACCCUUUAAGAGUUAAAAAAUAAAAAUUGAUUUGCUGUGCAAGUUGCAUAUAGAUUGUACAUCUGAAUCACUGAUUCAAUGAAUCAAUGGUUCAGGUGAUUGUUCUACUGACUGGUUUUCUUUUCGUUAUUGUAUGUCAUGCUAGAGCAGAGUGUAUUUGUGCUCUGUUUAGAUGAAUCAUAUCAGAGUGAUUGACUAAAAUAUGUGUGCCAGGAGAAUGAUUGGAGUCUAUGGUGAUAGUUUGUGUGAAUGGGUGCAGCCAAUGUUAAAUUGAUUUGAGUCAAGUCUAAACACAUCAAUAUUUGCUCAUUAGUAGAGUUAAUGUGCUGUUUGUACUCCACAAGGGAAAUUGAGGGGUGCUCUCUACUUUCUAGUGCUUAAAAACAUUAUGAAAGUUAAAUCAACACUGAAAAGUGUCCUUUCAAAUUUAAAUUGAGUUAGGCAAUUAAUUUUUUUU